GUAUUCGGGUGAGCUUGACGCAGGCGCAGAGCUGUUUUAAGCUGCAGCAGCUGAGCAGCAGAGACUGAACCUCCUGCAACAAAAGAGACACAAACGAAUAAAGAAGAGAAACACGCGAAAGGUUUCAUCUCUGAUCACCGGAAACACACAGAUUGAAUCAUGAUGGAGAAAUCAAACAGCCAAUAUGACUCCUUCCUGUACUGGAGGCAGCCAAUCCCGUCACUCGACCUGUCAGAGCUGGAGGACCUGGGAUUGACUGACAGACAGCCGACCAAUAGCAGCAAAGGAAAAGACAAGUCGUCCUCGCUGAGGGGUCAAGACGAGGAGGUUGGUCUGUCUGAGUUUUCGUCCUUCAACUAUUGGAGAGCUCCGCUUGCCGAUGUGGACGCUCUGCUGGCUGACCUCAACCUGCUGCUGUGAGACCCAGACUCACCUGGAAUCAUCUGACCUUUGACCCCUAAUCAACCUGACCUUUGACCCCUAAUCAGCCUGACACCGAUCAGUCUGCAUAGAGCUUUGUUUUCACGAGUCUUCAUGGAGACUGAUCCUGGUUCAGGUUUAGAUUGUAGUCCCUCUGAGUCCAGCUCAGUCUGUCUGUAUCCAUGACGAUGAUCAUCACCUCAUCAAUCAUUCUGAUCAUUUCACGAGAACCCACCAAAUCACUGACACACACUAAUUUAUACCCGACUUUAAAGACAAAAGAAUGCUGAAACGUACCAAGGUCAGUGAACGCAACGUCUGCAGUGAGUCACAUUAUUUUGUUACUCCUAACCCUCGACCUCACCUGUCAGUUUAAUCCAGAUCAAUCCUGAACCUGGAUACAGAGUGUGUUUACCCGAGUCCUGAUCCAGAUCAUACACCUUAAUCCUGAUCCAGACCAUACACCUUAAUCCUGAUCCAGAUCUUACACCUGAGUCCUGAUCCAGACCAUACACCUUAGUCCUGAUCCAGACCAUACACCUUAAUCCUGAUCCAGAUCUUACACCUGAGUCCUGAUCCAGACCAUACACCUUAGUCCUGAUCCAGACCAUACACCUGAGUCCUGAUCCAGAUCAAGCCCCCGAUGUUCCAGUUUGAUGAAACAGAUUGCUUCACGUUAUGUGAAGGAACACUGAUUUGUUUGUCUCAUUAACACUCAUUAUUUAUUUAUUUAUUUAUUUAUAAGAGAAGAAAUAUUUUAUUUAUCCAUCUGUGCCUUUUUGUUCGUCUCACUUGAUUAUUCAUGUUUCCAUUUAUUUCUCAUGUCGCUGAGCUAGUCUCAAACUGGAGCCACACGAGGACGAAAGACGUCCACCUCGUCCUGUCAGAAUGUAAAGUACACCUGUAUACACACCUUUACCUGUGUACACCUGUGCACACUUGUUUACUUGUGUACACCCAUUUACCUGUGUACACGUUACCUGUGUACACCUGUCAAAAUGUGCACCUGCCAACAAGAAAAUAAAGUGGUUGAUAUUGA